AACUUUCUUACUCUUCUUAUUUAAGUUUAAUAAAAUAAGUUGUAUUUCUUUAAAUUAGAAUAAUGAAGGAAAAAGCAACUAUCGAAAAGGUGUAUCCUCGCAAACGCAACGCCGCAAUGCCUACCUUGUUGAAAUUCCAAAAUGGUCAACUAGGAGCCGUAAGUAAGGAUGCUACACAAUUUACACGUCUACAGCAAAAACGUGGCMAAGAGACAAAUGCCAAUAUUGCAAUGGUGACUGCCAAUGACCAAAUUUAUCAUGGUAUGAUGGAUGAAGGAGAGGCUGCAGCACUUACAGACACUUAUAUCUGUGUCCGCAAUAAAAUAACAAAUAAGCUUCGCAUUAUUCCCAUUGAACAAGCUACCCUCACCAAUCAUAUUUUCAAUACUCUUGAGCAAAAACCUUUGCCAACUUUUACGGCCGAACACACCAGAGCCGUGCUAAUGAAACAAUUUGGUGGGCGAAAAGCUGCUCGUUUUGCAGCUAAUCAAGAAAAUAAUAAGGUGAAUGUCGAAGUACUAAAAAAUGAUUUGGACAACACUGUGCGUGAAGCGGAGUUAAACCAGGAAGGCGARGAACAACCCGAUACGCAGCAUAACUUUGAUAUUUUGCGGCCUAAAUUCAAUAAAGAUGCUAAAAAGGUGGAAGAAAUGUAUGAUGUAUGUGAUAUUGUGCCUGCAGAUCUGCUCGAACGUUUAGAUGAGGAAUCGAAAGUGGUUUACUCGACACCAGUGGAAAAGCUACCAAUAAAGUCGGAAUACUUGUGCAAAUGUAUCAAACGUAUACAGGAUAAUUCGCCAACACCACAAGGAUUUUUGCAUUUGAAAUUAAUUAUCUACAUGGACUGUUUACUAAAUUUGAUCAAAAGUCGUGCACGUUCAAUCAAAACAAUUGAACUAUCGGGCAUUACAGAAAAAGCGGAAAACGAUGUUCGUUCACGUUUUUCUGAUCCUCAUUCAAAACCUUUUUCACGCACUUCGCACACAUCGGAAAAAGCCUUGUGCUAUUUUAUAGUUCUUGCAUUGAUAAUCAGCGAAAAUUUUACCGUGGAUUUGAAUGUGUUGGCUCAGGAGUUGUGUGUUUCAAAAGUUAAAUUGGUGAAGUUUGCCCAUAUUGCGAAUGCAGUCCGACCAUCGAAGACAGAUUUGUUGACUUUACGUUUGCCAAGCAAAAUGACUGCGUUACCAAUGGGAUUUAGUAGGAAGUCAAAAAAAUAAUCGCUCACAUUUGCUAGUUUCUGUAAAAGUUGGAGCCUUAGUCAUUUUUUAAAUAAAUACGAUUAGAUAUUAAAAGAUA